AGGUCUCAGCUCUGCAUCAAAGUCCAUACACAGAUGGUGCGGAUUGGUAUCCACCUCGCCUGUGUAUAGCAGUUCUGGUUCAGAUAUGCUUGUUAAGUUCCACACAGACAGUACCAACUCACUCACCGGUUUCCGAAUGAAGUAUAGCAAUAGACUUCACAUGCAUUAUGACGAGGACGAAUCUAAAGGCAGGUUUGUUGGAAUCGUCAUCGGCUCUGGCGCUGGCAUUUUCGCUCUGCUUGUGCUGGUCGCUGGCGUCAUCUCGUACAACAGACGAAAUUCGAGAACGUCUCGUGCGUCGCCGCCUCGCGCCAGUAUGAGCAACUUCCCGCCACGCGGCGGAGAGGAGCCACCACAGCACAUAUUCAUGGUGACCCAGAGUUCCGGUAUUACAGGACACGACAACCCACUUAUGUUUGCCCAACCACCGCCCUACAGCGAAGUGGUCACACACCCGGAGUGGAUAAUGCAUACGCAAUCUCCACUGCCAUAAGAAGACGGAGGCAAUUUCAAUGCAGCCGCGGGCCACAACUCGAAUUUGGGCAUGGGAGACAAUUCCAAUUCUAAUUUAACCACGCAAGGCAACUCAAAUUUGGCCCUGGGUGGCAACUCGAAUUUAAACAUGGCAGCCAGUCCGAAUGCCAUUUCAGCGGUAUCUACUUCAGGAGACAUGGAGGAUAUAAGAGAUAAUACCAAUUCUGACCAAGCAUGUAAUGACAAAACAGAAACCUGCAGCAGACAGGGUGAUGCAUCAAUCAGUUACUCACACACAUAGUUCACAAAGACGGAGACUUGGUGUGAAUCUUAAUUUGUAUCUGUUCGUUAGUGCUUCAAGAAGCUAAUUCACCUAUUUCUAGCUAUAUUACCUUAAUACUUAUUUUAAAAUACCACUAUUUAUAUAUUAAUCCCUUUUGUACCAGAGUUUCACUCGCUUAUGGUUGCUUUAGCGCUACAGGGCAGCAUUAAUCUGUCAUCUAUACAUUUAUCGUCCAUUAAAGGCUUUUGUAGGAGAUAUCGCUGGCACUAUAAUUUGAGAUAUCUCCUGCGAUAUUCUCCUAGGAGAUAUCGCUUCUUAUAAUCUUGAUUGGUCAAAUUUUAAUGACAAGACAUUACUU